CCGGCUUAGUGAAGGCACUGGAACUGAUGUGAAAGAGUCAAAAUCCAUAUCCCAUGAGCUUGCUUCAGCUCUAAAUGAUGGCCUAUACUUUUAUAAAAGAAACAACUCAAGCUACGGCAGCAGAGAUGGGGAAUCUAGAUCUUCUGGCAUUGCUUCAACAGUAUCAAAUGCAAGGGCUUCUGAUCAUUCCACGAGAGGCAGUGGCUAUGAAGGGCCUGGAAAUUCUAAUUCUCGGAAGAAGCAAAAUAAAGGCUUUUCCAAGCAACAAUCAGUUCAGAAGCAGUGGUUAUUCUUUAGUAACUUUAAAAUUCACGGAACUGGUCGUAAUUUUCAGGACAUGAUAUCUGAGAGUCCACCUAGUAAUUCAGUUGGGAUUUCUUUGGUUCUACACCUCCUAACAAUCAUGG